CGAAAAGGUGUAGAAGAUACUGCUGUGGAUGAUGAUUUUGAAAUUGCAUUGGAUGAAGCAGCUGCUGAAGAUAAUAAUAAUAGACCAAAGAAACUACAAAAAACUGGGCGCAAUAAAAAACGUGUCAUGAAGAAACGAUUUGCCAAAUCAAAUACUGCGGAAUCUUCUGGUAACAUUCCUAUAUUCGAUACAAAAAAUAUUAAGAAAGGUUUGAAGAAUUCAAAUGAUUCAAAUUCAAAUCCAAGAUUAUCCAAAAAAAAAAUUAUAAAGAGUCGACCCGGUAAAGCUAGACGUCAAAAGGAAAGAAAAAAUAAAAAAUAG